AAAUUCCUUUGGAAUCAGCACCUUGGCGGCCCAAUCCUUAGGAAUUUUAGUGACCUAAUCCUGUGAUCCAAAUGCAUUCCAUAGGAAACAAUCCUAAGGUUUGAUAUCCCGUGAGAAUCCUGUGAAAAUCCUCCAAUCCAAAGAAGCCUGAAACUGGAAUAUGUCAGUAGAUUCUGCAGCUUUUAGUGCUCAAAAGUCAAAUCUAUCAAAUAGCAACUUUUGUCAUGCUUUCAUCUGCAUCAGCCUGAAUAAACUUUUCUAGUGAUGUUCUUUUUCAACAGUAGGGCACAAUGCCAGUACAGUCGGUUCAUGUCAGUUAGCCUGAAUACUGGAAGUUUUUAGGUUACUUCCCAGUUCCCACCUGUUUACGUGCCUACUGUAAAUUGAUUUUGUCCUCCCUUCCUAAUAACUUCCAUCUUUAUUAACAUUGUAGGAGUGAUCAGAGGAUGGACAAGUCUUGCACACGAUGCAGGGAUUACGUCGCACAUCAAUAUUGGGACCACAUGGAUAAUCGGAAAAAGCGUUUCUUUAAGCUUAUGCUUGGCAAUUUCAGGAAUGGAGUGACCAUACCAGAGAAGUUUGUGCGCAGUGUCGGGGGAAAGAUCUCUGAACUAGUCAAACUAGAAACUCCAGAUGGUAAUACAUAUAAUGUUCAUAUUGCCAAGGAACUGAAUAAUCUAGUCCUUCGAUCUGGAUGGUCAAAAUUUGCCAGAGUUUAUGAGCUUCAAGAGGGUGACCUUUUGAGGUUCAAAUACAAUGGGGACUCCCACUUCAAAGUUGAGAUCUAUGAUCCAAGUGCUUGCGAGAAAGAGACAUCCUGCGUUGUAAUGAACCACAAUCCAGGUCUCCAAAAACGGAGCGUUCCUCGUGAUAAUCCAAUGUUAUCACCGGAGGGUGAAAGGUUAGCAAAGCGUCACAAUGGUUGCUGCAGCGACAGUUGCAAAACUUCAAAGAUGAAUCCAGCAGGCACCCCACACAAACCAACUAAAAGGGAAGCCCCAUCUUCUGAAGAUGCCAGGAGUUCGGGUGAACUUCAGACUUCCACCAGGUCUCGCUAUUUCUUAGCAACAGGGUGCAACCUGACUGAUGCACAUAAGGUGGAAGUCAACAAAAUUGAGCAAAACAUCAGGCCUGAGAUUCCAUUAUAUGUCAAAACCAUGUCCAGUGCCAGUCUGGUUGAUGGAUUUCUGGUCAUAUGCAAAGAUUACGCUAUCAAACACCUUCCACGCAAAGACGAAUUCAUCACACUUUGCCAUGCCAGUCAUAGCAAGACAUGGGGUGCUCAUUACAGGAUCAACGCUGAUGAUACAUAUCAUCUUUCUACCGGCUGGUUGGGAUUUGUCGAUGACAACCAGUUGCAAAAAGGCGAUACUUGCGUGUUUGAAGUAUUAAAGAGGCAGAGAAGUUUCACAAUGGCAGUUCAUCUGCUUAAAGCAAGCUAUCAUCAUCCACCAGGAUUUCCCGCUUCUUCCAAGAGUCUUAGGCCUGAAGCCAAGAGUUUUAGGCCUGCAGAUAAAGUGAGGUUGUCACGAUUCACCACUCUGGAGGGUCUGCUGAAGACUAAAGUAUAUGAGAAAGUAGAAGCUAUUAAGCCUGAAAUCCCUGUUUUUGUGUCUAUCAUGAUGAAAACCAAUGUUAGCAGCAGAAGCCCCAGUUUGGCCUUCAGUCUGGAUUAUGCCAAAGAUUUUCUCCCUGGUGAGAACCAAAUUUUCAGGCUUCACCGGCCCGGGGAAAGCGCUCCAUGGAAAACUGAAUUCAAGAGCUUUGCUUCAAGGCGUUGGCUUGUUAGAGGCUGGGAGCAGUUUGUCAUUGACAACGAACUGGAACUAGACGAUGUCUGCCUCUUCGAGCGGAUUGAAAACAAGAAGAAGCUCAGGAUGAUGGUCCACAUCAUCCGAAAAGAAGAGUACUGUUGAUUUGCUCCUUUUUUUGCCUAUGCUUUUGUAGUCGGGAAGUUUAGUAUCGUCAGUGGGUUUUGUGUUAGAAUUUCCCUGACUCAUCCGACAAAAUCUCAGAAAAGUGCUAGAAUAAACUAUAUUACCUGGAUAUGAUGAUACUUCCUGGUUAGUUUGUGUUACAGAAUCAUGAUCAUACUGUGGCUUCUAAAUAUCAGUAUAAGUUGUUUCGGAUAUAUCCUUUGAAAAUGCGCAAAAAUUCUUGUAAUCCCAUGAAAUUGAUGUGUACAAAUUUGAGAAGCUUAUGUAUUGUUCUACA